AUGUUUUGGCUAUCUCUCGCUGCUCUGGCAAGCCAGGCAUUACCUGCUUCUGCUUCUACUUCUCUUCUUCCAGUUAAACUUGAGACACGUUCAAGUCUUAGCUCAGGCCUUGCGAACGUUCACAUAUCUUUUAAUAAUCUUAUAGAUGGCGUUAUAACAUACUCGUACGGCCGAUGCGACAAUACACGGCUUAGCGAAGCUCACCAUACUCUUGGCCAGAGCAGCAACACAAAAGAGUCACGAUUAGUUUGGGUCUUGCCGAAAGAUGCGAAGUUCGAUGGAUGUAUCUCGGCAUGGGACCAACGAGGACAUCUGAUCGGCCGCAGCGAGCCCCAGCGACUCAGUAGGAGGAAACUGAAAAGACGCGGCGCAAACAGCAUCGAGAUGACGAACGCGACGGGUAUCGAUGCGUGGGGUCCGUGGUUUGACGGGGUCGAGCUACUCAAGAACAAGGAAAUUUGUGCCGUCGACGUUGAAAAGGCUAAGUCGAAAGAGGUAGCCAUUGUCGGAGCUGGCAUGUCGGGGUUAAUGACAUAUCUGGUUCUACACCAAGCUGGAUUCACGAAUUUGAGCAUUAUCGAGGCCAGCCAGCGACUUGGUGGUAGGGUACAUACGGAAUAUUUGUCCGGCGGGCCAUUCGACUAUUCGUACCAGGAGAUGGGUCCUAUGCGAUUUCCUGAGAGCAUAGAAUACUCGAAUGUGACUUACAACAUUACCGACCAUCAGAUGGUGUUCCAACUCGCCAGUGAAAUGAACACCCUUAACAGCUACGACAAGAAUUUCAGCGUUGAUUUCAUCCCCUGGAUCCAGUCAAAUCCCAACGGGUUAUACUAUCACAAUGGGAUUAAAUUAGAUACAGGGCUACCUCCCACCGUAGCCCAGACUCAGGCAAACAAGUCCUUGAUAAUCUCGUAUCCGAUGGACUCGUCGACGAAGGCAUUGUCUGACAAGAUAGAUACUAUCACUUCGAACGAGACUCUUAUGGUCGAGUUGGCUACUAAUACAUUCAAAGCUCAUAGAGAUUUUCUAGUUAAUGGCCUCGGUGGACUUGGUGGCGAUACUUGGUCCGAGUUCGCUUACAUGGUGAACUAUCUCAACGCGACCUUAAACGACACCAACAUGCUCCAAGGCGACGCGACCUCAUUCUGGAACGCUAUUUACGAUAAUGUCUAUUUCGGAGCUACUAAGUGGAAGACUAUUGAUGGAGGUUUAAGCAGACUUCCACAGUCCUUUCACCCACUGGUUGAUAACGUAACCACCAUGAACCGAAAGAUCGAGCGGGUAGAAUGGCUUGGUGACGCUCAGCGAGUUAAUCUGCAAUGGAGGGACAACUAUACGGACACGGUGUUCCAGAACGCCUCGUACGACUAUGCCGUGUUCGCGGUCCCCUUUACCAUGGUCAAGAAGAUGCGAGUGCCCUACCUUCCCGCGACCAUCUCCAACGCGAUCGAAGACAUGCCCUACGAAUCAGCCUGCAAAGUCGCGUUAGAGUAUAAAACGCGUUUCUGGGAGCACUAUGCCAACCCCAUCUUCGGCGGGUGCUCGACAAGCACGGAUAUCCCCGGCAUAGGCUCUAUCUGCUACCCGUCGUACUGCUUGAACUGCACUGGCCCCGCAACCAUCCUCGCAUCCUAUGCCUCGGGCGACUGGGGCGCGCGCUGGGUCUCGGUCCCCGAGGAGGAGCACGUGCAGUACAUGGUCGACGCCAUGGCGGAAAUCCACGGACAGGUCGCGUAUGAGCAGUACACGGGCAAGUAUAACCGGCGCUGCUGGAUGCUGGAUCCGUAUGAAGGUGGUAGUUGGGCGAGCCCGACGAUUGGGCAGCAUCAGUUGUAUCUGCCCGAGUAUUUCAAGACGUAUAAUAACAUGAUUUUCGUCGGCGAGCAGACGUCGUACACCCACGCGUGGAUAGCAUCCGCACUAGAGUCUGGGAUCCGCGGUGGCGUGCAGCUGCUCCUCGAGCUCGGCUUAGUUGACGAAGCCAAGGCGACUGUUGAGAAGUGGAUGGCGAGGUGGAUCGAUGUUGUGAGUACUCUGUUGCCCUCUGUUGCAUUUUCGUGGAAGCUAAUGUGA